GUGCGCGCUUGUCGGUGACGGGUCAAAGCAGCCUAUUAAGCUUUGAGAAUGAAAUUCGUGAAGAUUUGCGCCGUUACUCUCGUCGUUCUCUCGGUGGUCGGAGCCCACGGCGUUUCCGGCUCUCGGGAGGUUCGACAAGGUCCAGAACCCGACGUUGGUAAAUCUAUCUCGAAACGCUCAAUUCCGAGCUUCUCUGGGUUCUUAUCAUGGUUCGACGGCACUACGGCAAGGAAGUUGGACUCGAAGGAUGCAGACCAGGGACAAUCGAGCGCAAGCGAGACUGAAUCGAGGUCCGCGGACCCCAACGCUAUCUCUACAUCUAAAGUCACCUCAGAUUUAGGACCCCGGUCUGACCCUGAAUCCGGCGAAGUUUUCGAGCGAUCUCUCGAUGAAGAGCUGUCGGAUGACGCAGAAGUAGAGAUUGCACGAUCUUUCAUAUCCGCACUGCACCACGCACAUGGGGACGAUCACGCUCUGAACUCGAUCAUGUUCCCUGCGAAGAGUAAAGCAACGAUCUUAUUCCUUCAACACCCAGGACCAGUCCUCGGGGAUUUGAAGUUUUAUCCGAUUGCUAUCCCGAAGAAAACUGUGCCGGCAAAAGCCGCGAUAGCAGGGCAAGAGGCCCGGGAUCUCGCUGCGGCAGUUUCGCCUGCACCUGCGAGCCCUCCCCCAGCGAAGCCCGUCGGCGUGGUACCUGCCGUCGUUCCUGCACCCGUACCCGCAGUCGUACCUGUAGCUGCCGUACCUGUGCCUGCGCCAACGGCCCCCCUUCCGACUGAACCAGUUUUGGUGCCUGCUGCUGCUGCUGUACCCACAGCACGGAAGGUAUCUGCAUCGGAACCUGACUUGAUCGCGCCCGCGACUCCUCCUGCUUCUGUGCACAGCACCCCUGGAGCGAAGAAAACCAUCCCAGCAAAAAAGCCACCUAUUUCCAUUGUGGUCGAAGACGCGAGGAAUGAUCGAAUUUCGAGCCAGAAAGAUAUGCCCAUAUCUUGA